AUGGAACUCACUUCCAACAGCGUCGAGGGCACUGAUCGGUUUGUCCAUCGACUUGGAAAUUUCCACCGUACAGGCAUCUUCUCCGAUCUCACAAUCUACACCGCUGACCAAGUUUUGAGCGUGCACCGAAUCGUAGUCUGCAGCAGAUCUGAGACUUUCUGCAGACAUUUCGCUGAUCUCUCCAGUGAGAGCGACGAGGAUGCUCAUGUAUUCGAAAUAAAGGACGAGCAUCCACGCGUCGUGGAAGCCAUGAUACGCUCCUUCUACGGACUACACUACGACAUCAACGAACCCGAGCACCAAAUGUGUCCCCUGUUGUUCAACGUCAAAGUAUACUCCAUUGCCGACAAAUUCGAGGUGGAAUAUCUCAAAGUUCAAGCAAAGCUAACAUUCGUCACUCUCGCUCAAGAUCACUGGGACUCGGUUGAAUUCUUGGUUGCUGCUUUCCAGGCAUACAAAACAACACCAAAGUUGGAUCGAGGUCUUCGGGAUGUGGUAGUAGCGGUUUGUCAGAUACACCGGAGGGAGCUGCGCGAGAAGAAGGGAUUCGAGAAACUGCUUGAAGAAGCCCCCGGCCUUGCUACCGAUCUCGUCCUUCUCUCGCAGAGGUGGUUGCCCCAGUCUGCAUCCACAAGGGUCCGUAUCGUCCAGUCUUUCUCUUGUUUGUCUUGCUUUGCGAAAUGGCAGAUCCAGGUGGACAUGGCAGAGUACUUCACUGCAUGCCCGUUUUGCCAGGAUGAGAGGGUUACGGCUCUUUGA